AUGUGGAAAGUUUUGUCUCAAAAGUUGACUCUCUUGAUAAAACCGCGGCUCAACUCGACUCAAAAGUUCAAAGAAGUUGGCCCCUUGAAAGUCGAAAAGGCGAAUCAACUUGAUCAACUCAAGUCUCUCAGAUUCAAGCAUACCUUGGAGGAAGUUGAACAAAAGUAUAAUAAUAGCCUGGAUCACCACAUCUCCACCACCACCACAAUGCUCAAGAUUCAUGACAACAUGAUCAACGCAACCAACGAAUUGCUCAAACAAACUCAUAUGUGUCAUGAAAAGAAAAUCCAAUGGUUGGAGAAGGAGAUAAAAAAGAAGGAUGAACUCAACUUAAUAAUGCAACAGGUCUUGAUCAAACUUCUCUGA